GAAGUCGUGCAUCGUCGCUUUAUAAAAUCGCCGGCGAGUCAUACAAUCUCAGCCGACACUUUGAAUUCGCUUUCCAAAAACUCUAAUUUUCUCGCUUCAGUCAACCAUCAUCAAUGGUGAAGCCAUGAUGAUUUGAAAAAGAGUGAAGUUUCUGUUUAUUUUUUUCUAUAAUUUCGUAGUAGUUUUCAUAAAUGGGGGAUUCCGACAAGGACUCCGGUGGAGGGCAAAACGGACAGUCUCCGUUGUCUCCCAGAGAGCAAGACAGGUUCCUACCGAUCGCUAACGUGAGCAGGAUCAUGAAGAAGGUCUUGCCAGCGAACGCCAAGAUAUCCAAAGAUGCUAAAGAGACGAUGCAGGAGUGCGUCUCUGAGUUUAUAAGCUUCGUCACGGGAGAGGCGUCGGAUAAGUGCCAGAAGGAGAAGAGGAAGACGAUCAACGGCGACGAUUUGCUCUGGGCUAUGACCACUCUAGGGUUCGAGGAUUACGUUGAGCCGCUGAAGGUUUACUUGCAGAGGUUUAGGGAGAUCGAAGGGGAGAGGGCUGGAGUGGGGAGGCCACAGACAGGUGGUGAAGGUGGAGAGCAUCAGAGAGAUGCAGGUGUGGGCGAUGGCGGUGGAUUCUACGGUGGUGGGAUGCAGUAUCACCAGCAUCAUCAGUUUCUUCACCAACAGAACCAUAUGUAUGGUUCCACAGGCGGUGGUGGGGGUGACGGUGGACGAGGAGCUGGCUCCGGCAGGACUAGAACUUAAAAGAGAUUGGUGAAAGAGGAGCUCUGUAUAUAGAUACAUUUAUAAACAUGUAAAACUAUUUAAGUAUCAUCUUGGUUAUGUAAAACUAAACUUUGAGGCUAUGUAAAGAGAGAGCAAGUGUGUAUUUGAAACAAUAUGAUUAUUGAUUAGCUAACGGAUCUGCUCCGUUUAGUCUUGUAUUUAAACUAUUGGAUUUGAAUGAAAAUAGUCUCAUUUGGGA